AUGAAGUUCACUGACGGUCUAUGGAGGCGGCCGACGGGCGUCGACUUUGUCGGAGGCGUCGAGGUCGUCGAAGUGCUAAGCGAGAGCAAGGACGGCGUCGAGUUUAUCGUUGCGCCGCGACACGUCGCGAACCGCGGCGACACACUCAACAGCCCGCUGCUCACGGUGAGCAUCUCGUCGCCGAUGGACGACGUGCUCAAGAUCCGCCUGGAGCACCAUAUUGGCGGCAAGAACAACGGACCGCACUUUGAGCUGUUUCCCGACGGGGCGCCGGAUGCACCUAAGACAAAGGUAUCCCGCCCCGCCGAGAACCACAUUGCGUUCAUGUCCGGCUCGCUUGGCGUGGACAUCAACACUGGUCCCAGGGCGUACGCGCUCCGUUUCAGUGACUGCGACCACGACGAGUUCCUUUGCGCAACCGAGCCCAAGGGACAGGGGUACGCCGACGUGCCGUGGCACCUGACGUUUGGGCAGCAGAGCCAGGCUGGGUGUCUCACCACUUUGGCCGACAGCAUGGUGCGGAACGACGACUUUGCGCUCGACACUACCCGCGCCACGGGGCUUGUGCGGUUCAUGGUCAACGAACUUACGCUGUCAAUUGGCGAGACAAUCUACGGCCUCGGUGAGCGGUUUGGACCGUUUGUCAAGAACGGCCAAGUGGUCGGAAUCUGGAACCAAGACGGUGGGACGUCGAGUGAGCAGACGUACAAAAAUGUCCCGUUCUACCUCUCCAGCAAGGGAUAUGGGCUGUUUGUCAACCAUCCCGAAGAGGUCGAGUUUGAGGUCGGCCGCGAAAAGUGCUCCAAGAUCGGGUUGAGUGUUCGCGGUGAACGCCUCGAAUACUUUGUCAUUGGGGGUGGUAGCAUCAAGGCCGCAUUGCAAAACUAUGUACGCCUGACGGGUCGUCCUGCCCUCCCACCGGCUUGGACGUAUGGGCUUUACCUCUCGACAUCGUUUACGACGUCGUAUGACCAGAAGACAGUGAGCGGGUUCCUGCACGAGAUGCGGGAACGCAAGUGUCCCGUGCGCGUGCUGCAUCUCGACUGUUUCUGGAUGAAGCGGUACGACUGGUGCUCGUUCCAGUUUGAUCCGGACACGUUCCCCGACCCGCAAAAGUACCUCGCCGACGUCAAGCGCGAGUACGGCGUCAAGGUGUGUGCGUGGAUCAAUCCUUACAUUUCGCAACGGGCCGUCAUCUUUGCCGAGGGAGUCGAGAAGGGAUACUUUCUCAAGCGGAAGAAUGGCAACGUGUGGCAGUGGGACGAGUGGCAGCCGGGUAUGGCCAUUGUCGACUUUACCAACCCCGCAGCGUGCAAGUGGUAUGCAGGGCUCGUGCAGCGCCUUCUCGACAUGGGCGUUGAUACAGUCAAGACCGACUUUGGCGAGCGUAUUCCCCACAUUGACGUCGUGUAUCAUGACGGCUCGGAUCCUCGCAAGGCGCAUAACUUUUAUUCGCUGCUGUACAACAAGUGUGUCUUUGAGGUGGUGGAAAACAAGUAUGGCAAGCACGAGGCGGCGCUGUUCGCGCGCUCGGCGACGGCUGGUGGCCAGCGAUUCCCGGUUCACUGGGGUGGCGACUGCGAGAGCACGUACGAGGCCAUGGGCGAGACGCUCCGUGGUGGUCUGAGCCUCAGCGCAUCGGGCUUUGCGUUCUGGUCACACGAUAUUGGCGGAUUCGAGGGCCAUCCCGACCCCGUACUUUUCUCACGUUGGGUCGCCUUUGGACUGUUCAGCUCCCACUCGCGCCUACACGGAAGCGCAUCGUACCGCGUCCCUUGGAACUAUGGCGAGACUGCCGUUCAAGUCACGGCCAAGAUGGUGCGCACAAAGUGCCGCCUCAUGCCGUACAUCUAUGGCGAGAGUCUCAAAGCCCACGAGACUGGUAUUCCCGUCAUGCGCGCCAUGAUCAUCGAGUUCCCCCAAGACCCCGCGUCCGCCUACCUCGACAAGCAGUAUAUGUUUGGCGACAACCUCCUUGUCGCACCCGUCUUCCAUAACACCAAGGCUGACUUUUACAUCCCCGCAGGCCGUUGGACGUGUUUCUGGACAGGCGAGGUGAUCGAAGGGCCUAAAUAUGUCCGCAAGACCGACUACCCCAUCGACCAGAUCCCUGUCUUUGUGCGGCCCAACUCUGCCCUUCUACUCGGCCCCCAGGACGUCGACAAGCCCGAUUACGAAUACGCCAAGGUCGGCCUCGAGGUGCGCACGUACGAACUCGAGUCCGAGGUAGAGGUCAAGGUCCCUACAGGCAAGGGUGCCAAGUGGGCCGGGUCCGUCAAGGUCGCUCCAGGAGGCAAGGUCAGCGCGUCGGGCGUCGUGCUCAAGAACUAG